AUGCGGAGGACGCGGCGGCGCCUCUCCACCGGCACCACCGAGAUCCCCGAACAUGCGGCAGAGCCCCAGCCCCGCGGCGGGGGAGUUCCUUCGCCGCAGGCAUGGGCCCCGUCGGACGCCGUCGCCGCGCCGCCGGACGCGGGCAGUUGGGCCGGUAACGACGCGGAGCCCCCACUGAAGCGCUUCAGACUCCCAGAAAAGCUGUUGACCCGCCUCGGACAGGCUCCGGCGGCCGCUGAGGGGAACGCAGAGGGUGGCGCCAACAUUGAAAUUGACGUCGCCGCGGUCAUCCGUUCGAAACGUCAGGCUGCAGCAGAACAUCGCGCGUCGGCGGGGGAUGCUGCGACAGGUGACGACUGGCGGCCGUUGCUUUCGGUGCGCCGGCUUCCCCGGCAACCGCUUCUGCACGAGCAGGGACAGCAGCGCGGAGAAGCGCCAACUGCCCCGCACGAGCACUUUGAAAACAGCAACGAUGACGUUAUCCGCUUUGGAACGAAGUGCCGGGCGGAGGACGUCGACUCCUCCUCGACGGCGUCGUCCUGGUCGGAGGAAAAGGCGCGGGGCAACGCCGACGACGCGGGCGCGCGCGCGGAAAGGCGACGGAGGGAGAUUGAUCGCCACUUCGCCGGCUAUGGCAGCGACGAGCUUGACUCCUCCAGUGGCACUCUCUCGGAGGAGGAGGAGGCAGAGGCAGAGGCAGAGGCAGAGGCCAGCGGGAGUGAAAGCAGUGAAAAUGAGGACGGGGAUGGGAAAGAGGAAGAUGGAGAUGAGGAUAAUAGUAAUAAUGAUAAGAACGCCCCCGUAAGGGCGGGAGAAUCCACAGGCUUUGGCCUCUUUGAACGCCGCCGCCAGCAGCAGCAAGCGAAAAAGCCGGGGACGCCCGGCCAUGCGAACGCAAGCUGUGCUGCGACGAACCACACCCAUGACCGCCGCUAUCGCUACAGUUCCAUGUUCUUUGAAAUGCACGUGGGCCGCGAGGGCGUGAGUCCAUGCCACCACACACUUCUCUGUCUGAACGGACCAAUCACUGUUCAAGGCCCUUCUGGCGUCAUUGGUUUUGGCAUGGGCGAGGUUGCCGUUGGGGGCUUCUUCCUUGGCAAGAAACAUGUUGUGCUUCUCACGGACGCCGACAGGGUUGUUUUGACGCCCGUGCAACGCCUCAAAAGCAAGAGUGCGGGUUUGGAGUCGUUGCCGUUGCCAGCGCCAUUCUCGUGCAAGGCUGGCUCCUUGCCUUGCACGGUCGUGCCCCCAACGGCCAGAGAAACUUGUGAGGAUGCGGUGGACGAGAAUGAUGUGGAGCUGUUUGGCACGAUUGAUUGGGCUUGGGUUGAGACAACCAUUGCUUCGUGGCGGGGACGGUUUGCGAACAAGAUGCCAAACAUUGUACUGGUUGUGCAGCCGUAUGAUCCCUGUGGUGUGCCUCCUACACGCCGGCAUCGCCUUAAAGGGAAGGAGAAACAUUUAAUCGACGCCUUUAUGGAUCUCCCACGCUUUGUGGCGCGUGGGCAUGAUCCCGGCAUUGACGCGGCCUUGUUGCCGGAGGUGAUUCCCACGAUUCUGAAGCAGAGCCCCGGCACGGUGGUUGUGUUGGGAUCACAGAACAUUGGCAAGUCGACGCUCGCGCGGUUUCUUGCCAAUGCCCUGUUUUCGCAGCAUGGCGUCUGUUACUGGUUGGACUUGGAUCUUGGGCAGCCGGAGUUUUCUCCACCCGGGGUAAUUUCCCUGUAUUGCGUGCAGCACCCGCUACUGCGCCCACGCGACACGUCUAAAGUUAAACUUGUGCGAAGUUUUUUUCUCGGUGGGUCGCGUCCGCGUUGCCCGAAGGCAACGGCGAUCGCCAUUGAGCAGCUUUGCGCCAUUGCGGAGCCACUGCAGCGGCGCUACCCCGUUGUGGUGAACACGCACGGAUGGGUGCUUAGCACAGGCCGGCGCAUGACGGUGGAGGCGAUACGCCGCCUACGACCCAAGCACGUUGUUCACCUAGUGACGGAAGGGGACACACGCUGGGCACGCGACAGUGAGUUGCUCAUGUGUCCAACCAACGGCCUAAAUUCGGAGGUUCUGCACAAACGGUUUCUUGUGCGCUGUGCCACGCUAGCAGGCGUUGAGGGAAACGUAUACGACGUCAUUGGACGGCUUCCCUUCCCGCAUCCUGCCAUGAAUAGACAGGAGGCCGCCGCCGCCGCCGCCGCCGGAUGGUGUGGGACGGUGCAUACGGCAACUGUGACAAGGGACGCGGGAUCGACGCGGCCCAAGCCCUCUGCCGUCCGCUGUGCCCUCUGGCAGCAGCACUUGGCGCCCCUAUUCCGCUACUAUGAGGCGCUGGAGGAGGAGCGGCGGCGGCGGCAGACGGGUGCGACGCCGCCGCCCUUGGAAGAAUUGGGUGCCGCAACCACGUUGUUCAAGGGACCUUUGGCGCAGUUCGACGCGAUCGUGCUUGCAGACGUGGAGGGUGCCCGGGACCUGACCGACGACGUUGUGUGUGCGGCGCUGGAGCACAGCGUUGUGGCACUCUCUUUCUCUCUCGUGGCCGCCGCGCCGCCUUCUGUGCCUGCGGCCCAGCAGCAGCAGGAACUUCCGUCGCCCGGGGCACCCGGGAACUACCGCUGCCUAAGCGGCAUGCCCGACGGCUUUUCCCUCUCCUGCUUUGGCUUUGUGGAGAGCACCGAGGCGGAGAUGCGAGCCUCGGGGGAGGCGCGGAUCCGGCUGCCGUACCGCCGCGAAGUUGUGCGCCAGAUGCUCUCGACGGACGACGCCACGACGCGCGUCGGCGUCUCCCUCGCGUGCUCGUCGUCCGACCGCGCCGACACCGCGGCGCUGGAGGCGUACUUUUAG